AUGCGCAACAAAUUAUUGUUGUGCCUGGUGUUAGUGUGUGCUUUGACGAAUUUUUCAGAAUGUAAAUGGGGUGGGCGUUCUGGGAGUAGCUCACGGUCUAGUUCAAGGUGGGGAGGGGGAUCUUCAAGCACACAUUACAAGCCCUCAUCGAGUUGGAGCUCGAGCCAUAAGUAUCCAUCAUCAUCAUCAGGACUUUCAGGAUAUGGUAGUAGCUCACAUUCGAAACCUUCAACGACAUGGAACUCAGGUUCGUCUUGGUCGUCUGGUUUGUUUGAGAAGCAUCAGCCUUCUAAUUACCCGGCAUCUCAUGGAUUAUCUGGGUCAAGUUCUGGAAGCAAAUACCCGCCGUCAACAGGACUUUCAGGAAGCAGUUUUGGGAGCAAUAAAUACCCAGCAUCUACAGGACUGUCCGGUACGGGUUCAGGAUCGUACAAUUAUCCAUCCUUAUCUAAUUUUGGAUCAUCUGGAAGUUUUAAGCUACCAACAAUAAAUUAUCCAUCAUCGACUGGACUAUCGGGAUCGGGUUCGGGAAUCAAUAAAUACCCACCAUCAACAGGACUAUCAGGAACCAGUUCGGGAUUCAAUAAAUACCCGUCGUCUACGGGACUAUCAGGGACGAGUUCGGGGAGCAAUAAAUACCCACCAUCUACAGGUUUAUCAGGUACGGGUUCAGGAACAAGUAAUUAUCCAUCCUUAUCCAAUUUUGGAUCAUCUGGAAGUUUUAAGCUACCAACAAUAAAUUAUCCUUCAUCGACUGGAUUAUCAGGAUCGAGUUCUGGGAACAAUAAAUACCCGUCAUCAACAGGACUAUCAGGAACCAGUUCGGGAUUCAAUAAAUACCCGUCGUCUACGGGACUAUCAGGGACCAAUUCGGGAUUCAAUAAGUACCCGUCUUCAACAGGCCUAUCAGGGACGGGUUCGGGAAGUCAUAAAUAUCCAACAUCAGAUAAAUAUUACCCUACUCAAAAUUACCCCACAAGUAAUAUAAACUCAAGACCAAUACAUCCCCACCACACAACUAAUGUACACGAAACUUACAAUAAAAAACCACAUAGUUAUGGCUACGGCAAUCACGGUAUUUAUAACCCGCCUACAUAUUAUUCAGCACCGCAACAUGUAUACAUAACUGAGUAUAGGAAUUCGGGGAGUCGCUUUUCUGAUCUCUUGUCUGGACUAGCCUUAUAUAAUUUAGGCCGUUCACACAACCACAUGCACGAUCACUAUUAUUACGACGAUUACUACAGACAUAGAUAUCAUUCCAAUGGAAACAGUCAUUCAUCGUAUGACAAACCCAACGAAGAGGCUCGUUGUCUGUUAAGAGUUAAACAAAAUGAUAAAAUUGAGGUACUCAAGAUUCCUUGUGAAAUUGUAUCCACAUUUACGGAGGGGAGCCAAAAAUUAGCACAGGAUUCGGUCACACAAUCCAUAUGUGUUACAAAUGUUACAGUGAUUAAUAGCACAUCACCAAUAACAACCAACAAACCAUUAAACUUGUCUCCGUCAAAAGAUACAGCUGCGAAUACCGUUUCUCUCCUUACAACAACUUCUUCACCAGUAAAUGUGAGUUCAUCAUCAAACUUUUCGUUGCCGUCCAAGACUAUAAAGUUGCCAAACGACACGAUUAAUUCAGAUUCAAUUAGUACUACACCAUCAUAUAUUGUUCUUAAUCCUACAACACAAGCGACCUCCACAAUAACAUUUAACACUACCGAAAUCUAUAACAAUUCUAUGUCUCCAACACAAUUAAUGGAAGCUAAGAACCCCACAAAAUCUUUCUCAGAACCAGUCGUAGUUUUAAGUAGUUUUAACUCAAACAGCUCUAAUUUAAAUAAUACCUUAUUACAAAGUAUAAAAAAUAAUACCGAUUCUUUAACUCCAAGUAUGAAUACAUCACAAAAUAUAAUAUCCCAACUGACAACAAUAAAUUCGACUAAAUGCACUGUAACUGAAGAUCCCCUAGCUAUUAAAGGACCUCCGUUGAAAGUCUCCGACAUGGAGUGUGAAGUAGACAUAGUAACAAAGAACGAACACUUUAGAAAUAAAAUAAAUUGUAAAACCUUAAUGGAAUAUGCGAAAAUGCCUGAACCGAAAAAGGAGAGUUCGAUACUGCCUCCUCGAAGUAAGUUGAAGUCUUGGAUGUCAAAUCCGCCAUGGUGGCUGUCUAUGUUUAUAGCCGUGUAA